AUGUACGAAGAACCUCCCGCAGCUCCAGGCAGCGGCGGCAGUCCAGGCGGCGGCGGCGGCGGAGGAGGCGGCGGUUCGACCGCUGCACCCGGCGCGGCUGCAGCUUCCACGACGUCGUCCACAUCUCCCGCCUCCACAUCCUCGAAUCCGGCAGGACAGACUGGCCCGUUACACAUACCGGCCAAGCGUCUUGGCGGUGGCACGACGGCAGGUUACGAUUGCCCCGAGCCCGGUGUUAUUCGGCAUUCACAUCCGGCACCUUGGACCGCUUAUUCGGAGAGCCAUUCCGGAUUCGAUCCUCAUCAGUACAAUGCCCCUACAUAUUACAACCUGCCGGGCGAAGCACGAGAUGGCCCGGGUGGACGCAAAACUGGUCCACUAUCAUUUUGGUCGCCCGCGGCAUCCUCUGGUUACGGUACGGCCUCUGCUCCGUCAGAUUCAGCAUGCCAGCAAGGCUUCUCUGGUCAAGGAUAUUGGAACUACGGCGGUCGCCAUCCUGCAGCACCAGAACCGCCUCAACCUGUUCCAUACCUUGCACCUUCCGAAGACAGGAGAGCUGCUGUCAUUGCAGCAGAAAGUGCAGGAUUUCCUCACGACGGCUACGGCUCGCUGAGGAAUUAUGCUGCUCCAGAACCAGUUGCUGCAGCACCAUAUCCUCCUCCAGUGAUGUGGGGAUCCCCCCCGUCCGGUUUGUUCCCCGCAGGUUCGCUGUCUGUGGGCUGCGGGUCUGGAAACCCUCUCGAAUGGACCGGUCAGGUGACCGUUCGCAAGAAGCGCAAACCAUACUCCAAGUUCCAGACGCUCGAACUGGAAAAGGAGUUUCUCUUCAAUGCGUACGUUUCGAAGCAAAAGCGCUGGGAGUUAGCACGAAACCUGAAUCUGACAGAAAGGCAAGUCAAGAUUUGGUUUCAGAAUCGACGCAUGAAAAACAAGAAGAAUUCGCAACGGCAGGCGGCUCAAGCGCAAAACAACAACAACAGUGCGAGUGCGAACAAUCACAACCACAACAGUCACAGCGGUCACCACGCCAAUGGGCACCACCACGCGCACCACGGCCUGGCGCCGCAUUUGGGGGCGCACAGUGCGGCCAGCAAGCUGUUGCAGUGACCCGCGUACUAUCACGGGCAGCACGGGGUCGCGGCGGGCUUGCACCAUCAUCAACAUUAUCAGCAGCAACAUCAACAGGGCUUGCCGUUGCCGUUGCCCGGCACCCAUUCUGCCGCUCAUUCUGCCGCCCAGGUGCCACAGUGAGGACGUUAUGCCAUGCGCGAACGCGGACACUCCUUUGUACAUAGUCAUUACCUUAAAUUUUACUAAAUAUUAUUAACUGUACCUAAAUGUAGACAUUUCUGAUUUCAUUUUCGUCAGAACUUCGUCAUUGUGUAUGUAAGAUAUAGUGUCAAAUUAUUGUUUAUCGUUUUGUUUAAUGGUGGAUUGAAAACGACAGCAACGGGCUUGACGUCUUUGUGCGCGGGCCGGAUGAUUAGCAAUGAUUGUUUUAAUUUUAUAGGACGAUUCUUAGUUUUACUUUUAACGUUUAGGUUCACGU